CCUCUGUGUGCGCUGUGCAGCCGGCAGCAGCCAAUAGGGAGCAGCCGCUGGGAUUCCGGAAGUACAGAGCGUGGUGCUGCUACCCGGCCGCGGUGUCCCCAUAGCAGCAGCAUCGGCGGCUCUGUAGCUGGGCGCUGGGUGAUGCUCUGUGCUGGCAGGGGCUGGAGCGGAUUAGUGUCCCGGGCUGUGUAUGGUUGGGUGACAGGAGGACGACCCCCGGCUGUCAGCAGCAGCAGCAGCAGCAUGGCGGACAGCAUGGAGCAGCGCAUGGUGUGGGUGGAUUUGGAGAUGACUGGGUUGGACAUUCGGAAGGACCAAAUCAUUGAGAUGGCCUGCUUAAUAACAGACUCUGAUCUCCGCAUCCUUGCUGAGGGACCCAAUUUGAUUAUUAAACAACCGGAUGAGUUACUUGAUGGCAUGUCUGAGUGGUGCAAGGAGCAUCAUGGACAGUCCGGCCUCACCCAGGCUGUGCGGGACAGUAAGAUCUCAUUACUACAAGCAGAGUAUGAGUUCCUGUCUUUCAUCAGACAACAUACACCACCUGGCUUGUGCCCUCUGGCUGGGAACUCUGUGCAUGUGGACAAAGUGUUUCUGAAGAAGUAUAUGCCUCAGUUUAUGAGACACCUGCAUUACAGGAUCAUCGAUGUCAGCACGGUGAAAGAAUUGUGCAGGCGCUGGUUCCCAGUGGAGUACGAGCGAGCACCGCGGAAAGCGUCCUCUCAUAGAGCGCUAGACGAUAUCAGCGAGAGCAUCAAGGAACUGCAGUUUUAUAGAGAGAACAUUUUUAAGAAGAUGGAUGAGAAGUAAAGAAAUGUAGAUGGAGAAAAAGAUCAUCAAAUCUGAGCCAGUAUGUACAUUGUUCUAGUACACGUUCAGGUGUCACCGUCCUGUCGCCCCAGGACAGUUGGUGAUAAUUUAUGUUGGCGAUCUUUAUAACGGUCGGGUUACCUCCUGGCAGAACUGGCUGCUAUGUAAGCAGGGGUGGAUUGCAAGUUUUACAUAGUUCCCUUUUUUAUUUUGUUGUUGCCAAUAAAAUACUUAUUUCAAAGUUA